AUAAGCAUUGCAAAGACACUAAGCAAAAUGACAAUAUAUAUAUAUAAAACUUUCUAAACAUACUGUAAUAACAAGUAAUGUUCAGUGUUCAAGAAUGCUUGUUGAAUAUUUUUUUCUUGUUUCCCCACUUCGGUAGUUUGACAAAUCAUGGUCUAUAAUUAGCACUGUUGCUUAGCUCGAAUGGGCAUGGAAGGUUGAGCAUGCUCCCUCUCCCAGUGUUUACUGUCAGACACAAGGCAGCCAGCGUGUUUGUGUCGACUGUGGGUAAUGGACAAAUUGUUGCCUGAAGGCAGACACCACAGGAAGCCGGAGAUCUGAUACAAGUUCCUUGACACUUCUGAAGGAUCUCCAGGAUGUAUUUAGGCUACACUUCUCUUCUCUAACACUUCUCUAAGUUUUAAGCUGUCAAGAGACCAAAAAACAAAAUGGAUCUGAGAGCCAGGCAUGGUUUGACGCUGUUGGAACAGCUAAAUCGAAUGCGGGAUGCUGAGCAGUUAACAGAUGUGGUUCUAGUUGCUGAAGGUGUUAGCUUCCCAUGCCACCGUGCGGUGCUUUCUGCCUUCAGCCCCUACUUCCGCGUAAUGUUCACCUGUGGCCUGCGAGAGUGUACCAACCGUCAGGUGGUGUUAAGAGACAUGCCGGCCCCAAGCCUGGCCCUUCUGCUGGAAUACAUGUACAGCUCCAAUCUUCCACUCACUGCAGCCAAUGUGCAGGGAAUCUCUGUUGCUGCUUUUCUUCUACAGAUGGAUGAAGUUUUCAGUCGUUGUCAGAUCUACAUGAUUGACAACAUGGAUGCUUCCAAUUGCCUGGGCAUCUAUUAUUAUGCUCGCGAUCUAGGGGCAGAAGAGUUGGCCGACCAGGCUCAGCGCUAUCUGCGGCAGCACUUCACUGAAGUGUGCCUUGGGGAGGAAGUACUGGAGUUGGAGGCACACCAGCUAGGGGGGUUAUUGGGCUCAGACGACCUUAAUGUUUCACGGGAAGAGAGUAUUUUGGAUGUGGUGAUGCGCUGGGUGAAGUAUUGUCCGGGGGGUAUAGGGCCAGAGGAAGAGAACCGGGCCAGGCACCUUCCAGAGCUCUUAAAGAAGGUACGUCUUCCACUGGUGGGUGCAGAUUACUUGAAGGGGACGGUGAAACGGAACACAGCACUUCUAGCUGAUGCCGAAUGUCUUCAGAUAAUGGAAGAGGCUACUGAAGCAGCAAGCUUGGAUUCAGAUGCUCCACCCCGUCGACUGAAGCUGCGCUAUGGCAUGGAGACCACAGACCUCCUGCUCUGCAUUGGUAAUGACGGCGGAGGCAUUCGCUCACGUUAUGGAAGCUAUACAGAGCAUAGCUUCUGUUAUGCUCCCACAACAGGCCGAACUCUUUUCAUCACCUCCCCACGAUAUGGUGAUGCGCUUGGAUAUGUCUUUGCUGGGGUGGUGACUGAGAGGAAUUACAUUAUUGUUGCAGGAGAGCUCGGAGCAAGAAGGAUGUCAAGACAGAAAGACAGAAAUGUCGAGAUUUUCAUGUACAACAAGGAAGCUCAAGGAUCCUGGAAACACUUGAGCUCAGCAGAGUAUCGUGAUUCUUACGCAUUGAGCUCUUUGGGAGAAAACCUCUAUCUGAUUGGGGGUCAAAUGAAGCUGAAGAACCAGUUCCUCAUCACCAACAGUGUUGAGCGCUGGUCUCUACAGGGUGGACCAUGGCGUAGCGCUGCCCCUCUGCCCAUGCCCCUGGCCUAUCACAGCGUAGUUCGGAUGAAGGGCCACCUGUAUGUGCUCGGGGGACGGACGCCACAGUCAUACCACACAGAUGACGAGCCUGACCGAAUGAGUAAUCGCCUGCUUGAAUAUGACCCAGAAACCAACAAGUGGAGUGAACUUGGCCCUAUGAAAUAUUCAAAAUACCGUUGCAGUGCAGUUGCACUCAGUGGGGAAAUCUAUGUACUUGGUGGUAUUGGGUGUGAAGGUGUGGAUCGUGGCCAAUCACGUCACUGCCUUAAUGUAGUGGAGAUCUACAACCCUGAUGGGGAUUUCUGGAGGGACGGUUCUCCUUUACCAUGGCCUCUCCUAUCACUUCGCAGCAAUGCAUCAAAUGCUGGUGUUGUUGACGGAAAACUUUAUGUCUGUGGAUACUACAAAGGAGCAGAUCGUCACGAUACCAUCACUAAAGACAUCCUGCAGUUGGAUCCCUGGGAAAACGUAUGGACUGUGGUGGCAAAGCAGGUGCUGAUGCACGACAGUUACGAUGUGUGUUUGGUGGCAAAUCUGAAUCCUCGUGGACUCAUGCCCCCUCCUGCUGACUUGGUAGAGGAAUGACAACACUAUCCAACAGUGA